AUCAGACGGCGGAGAGGGUUGAGGCUGCUGACGGAGCCGGUAACGGGAGGUGAGAGAUGGCGGCGCCGCCGCUGCUGCUGCUGAACUGGCGGCAGGAGUGCUCGGUGGGUCACUGACGUUCAGGCCACACGGCAGGCACCAUGAGCGGCCGCAGGAGCAGGCGGCCGAGUGUGAGCGGGCGGGAGGCGGUCAGUAACGGCCAGAGCGGAGCUCGGCGGGGCGGCGCAGAAGUUGAAUCGAAGAAGAAGAGGAAGCUGCUGGCUAUUCACCAGGCUCUGAACGAUGACCCAGUGGACGUGAGAACUCUGCGGCAGUGUGCGGUCAGUGAGGGCGGCCUGCUGAGUGAUGAGAUCCGCAGGAAAGUCUGGCCAAAGCUGCUCAAUGUGAAUGUUUAUGACCUCCCUCCAAAGCCAAGCAAGGACAUACGAGAAGGUCACAAAGACUACAGCCAGGUUGUCAUGGAUGUACAACGGUCUCUUCGCAGGUUUCCAAAUGGGAUGCGGGCUGAUCAGCGAGCAGUCCUACAAGAACAACUGAUUAAUGUCAUCCUGUAUGUGUUGCAAAGGAACAAACAGCUUCACUAUUACCAAGGCUACCAUGAUAUCGUUGUGACCUUCCUUCUGGUGGUUGGGGAAAGGAUGGCCAUCGCACUCAUGGAGAUUCUGUCUUCUCAUCAUCUCAGGGAUUUCAUGGAUCCCACAAUGGACAGCACUAAACAUAUCUUAAAUUACCUAAUGCCAAUUCUGGAGCAGGUGAAGCCAGAUCUCCACAACUUUAUGCAGAGGGCCGAAGUUGGCACCAUCUUUGCCCUGAGCUGGCUGAUUACCUGGUAUGGUCAUGUUCUCUCCGAGUUCCGUCACACCGUCAGGCUCUACGACUUCUUCCUGGCAAGUCACCCACUGAUGCCUGUCUACCUUGCGGCAGCGAUUGUGCUGUACAGGGAGCAGGAAGUUCUCAAGUGUGAAUGUGAGAUGGCGAGCGUCCACCAGCUUCUGUCCAAGAUACCUCACGAUCUUCCUUACGAGAAGCUGAUCAUCAAAGCAGAGGAGCUGUAUUGCCACUACCCGCCCGCAGAGCUCGCCAAACAGGCCGCACUUCAGUUUCACAAAAGUGUCACCAUCAGCACUUACCAGGACUUCCAGCUAGCAACAUCCCAGCAGCGCCCUGAUGCUGUGCUCUACAAACAGUCCAGGGAGAGGGCUCGCCUGUCACCCAGCCAAGCCAAGGCACCGACUCCAACAGGGGCCAACCAGCUGGUGAAGAUGGCAGUGUGGGGACUCACAGCCACGCUGGGAGCGGCUGCUUUCGCUGUGGUGAACACGGCGAUGGAGUGGGCACCAGAGUUUGUCUUCCAGCUGUUUCCAUAGCCACUGGUGUUUUGGAUGCACUCGUAGCAGGCAGGCAUUCUGCUGAACCAGGAGAAAGACAGACAGACCACACCCACAUGGUGCGUUGUGCCAAAGGCCUGAGUGCGGCAGAGGCAAGAUGUGGAGCUUUCCGAUCUCAGCUGUAACCAUCACAGAACUAGCCAUUUUCGCAGCCCACCUUUGGAAAUUGGCCCAGUUACCACCUCCUCUUCCCACAUGGACUAGCAUGAACACGAAGGGCAGAGUGGUCUUUUCUGUUCCAUGGGUAUCUUGUUUGGCCAAGAAAUUUUAAAGCCAAAAGCCCUUUUUUCUGCGUUGGGCAAUGGGAAGCUAUUUUCCAUUUACAUGUAUUAAAUGUUAAUCAAAAAUUGUAGAUGUUGGAUUAAAAAAAAAUUCGGACAAAAAGUUGGACUGCAUCUGUGGGUGGAGAAACAGAGUUAAUGUCAUGGACAUUGAAUCUAUUCCACAGCACAAGAGAUUCUGCAGAUGCUGGAAAUCCAGAGCAACAGACACAAAAUGCUGGAGCAACUCAGCAGGUCUGGCAGUAUCUAUGGAGGGAAAUAAGCAGUCGACCUUUUGGGCUGAGACCCUUCAGCAGGACUGGAGAGGGUGCCAUAGUAGAAUUCUGGUUAGCAUGACACUAUUACAGCUCAGUCCUGUGUCAGAGUUUAACCCUGGUGACGUCUGUCAGGAGUUUGUACCUUCUGUCCUGACACAAGUGGGUGGUUCGGUUUCCUCCCACAUUUCCCAGACAUACUAGUUAGUAGGUUAAUUGGUCAUUGUAAGUUGUCCUUUUAUUCGGCUAAAAGUGGGCUUCUGGAUGGUGCGGCUCUGGUAAAGGGCCUGUUCCAUGCUUUAUCUCAAGUUAAUUAAAAAAAAAGAAGGGCUUCCUCCUUCCUUUUUAGUCCUAAUGAAAUGUCUUGGCCCAAAGCAUCGACUGUUUGUUCCUCUCCUUUGAUUCUGUUCUUCUUUCCACAGAUGCAGCCUGACCUUUUGUGUGAUUACAAUAUUUUUUGUUUUAUUCCAUGUACCCAUAUGUGGAAAUUUGAUACAUGGAGCAGUUCCUGCUUCUGUUCACUUGUUCUUUGUGUUAUGAAGGGAGUUUAGUUUAACAUACCAACUAUUGAAAAGCUCGAUAGUGUGGAUGUGGAGAGGAUGUUUCCAAUAGUCAGGGAGUCUAGGACCAAAGGGCACAGCCUCAGAACACAAUGACGCUCCGUUAGAAUACAGAUGAGAAGGAAUUUCUUUAGCCAGAGGUUAGUGAAUCUGUGGAAUUCAUUUCCACCGGUGGCUAUGGAGGCCAAGUUGUUGGGUAUUUUUAAAGCAGUUUGAGAGGUUCUUGAUUAGUUGGGGUGUCAAACGUUAUGGAGAGAAGGCAGGAGAAUGAGGUUGAGAGGGAUAAUGAAUCAGCCAUGAUGGAAUGGCGGAGCUGCCUCAAUGGACUCCAAUGUCUUAUUGUCUCCUUUCUGAGAGAGCUGGUCCUUCACUGAUUCUGAAUUGGUCUUAAAAUCAGAGGAGAUCUGUGUCACUGUGUGUGAAGGAAUUUAACUGAAUUUUGUGGUAUCCUUGGUUUGGAGAUCAAGCAAGGCCCAUCUACCCUAUCAUUUGGACACGAAAGGUCCUAGGACAUUGGACUGAGAAAGAGUGAAGGAGUACCUCCCAGUGCUCUGAUUAAUAUUUAUAUCUUAAACAUUAUUAAAUAUUUGAUCCUCGAUAUUUUGCAUGAGUACAGUGAGUCAGCGGUAUAAUGGGAAAAAUCUUAGUGUUAUUGGACCAUAAGAUAUAGCAGCAGAAUUGGGCCAUUCAGCUCAUCGAGUCUAUCCCAUCAUUCAAUCAUGACUGAUUCAUUAUUCCUUUCAACCCAUUUCUCCAGCAUUUUCCCCACAAUUUAAACCUAACCUAAUCACAGGAUAAUUUACAAUGACCAAUGUCUUUGGACUAUGGGAGGAAUCUAGAGCACCCAGAGGAAAUCCAUGCAUUCCAUGGGGAGGAUGUACUAACUCCAUACAGAGGAUACAGGAGUUAAAUUCUGAACACCGACACCCCAGGUGGAAUUGUGUUGUGCUACCGCUACGCUACUGUGGUGUGGUUAGUAAGUUAACUGGGUGAAUUUGGCAGUUGGGUUUGUUGGCCAGAAGGGUCUGCUAUUGUGCUGUACCUUUAAAAUAAAUUUUAAAAGUUCGGUUCUUUCCUUGGGAGAAGUUGACUCUUUGUGAAACACUGCGGUCCAGGUGUGUGGGAUGCUUCCACAUUGUGUAGGAGGUUCCAUUGCAGGAAAGUCAGGUGGGUAUGCAUCUUGGAAGAGAGUUUGGAGGUGCAGGUUGUAGACAUGGGAAGUGCCAUAAGAUCAUAAGAUAUAGCAGCAGAAAUAGGCCUUUUGACCCAACAAGUCUGCUCUGCUAUUUGAUCUUGGCUGAUUCGAUUUUCCCCUCCGCCCCAAUCUCCUGUCUUCUCCCUGUGUCCCUUCAUGCCUUGACCAAUCAAGAAUCUAUCAACUUCUGCCUUAGAUAUACAUGAAAACUUGGCCUCCACAGCUGCCUGUGGCAAAGAAUUCCACAGACUUGCCACGCUCUGGCUAAAGAUAUUCCUUCUCGUCUCUGUUCUAAAAGGACACUCCUAUAUUCUGAGGCUGUGUCCUCUGAUCUUAGACUCCCCGACCAUAGGAAACACCCUCUCUAUCAAGGCCCUUCACCAUUUGAUUGGUUUCAAUGAGGUCACCCCUCAUUCUUCUGAAUUCUAGUGAAUACAGGCCCAGAGCCAUCAAACACUCUUCAUGUGAUAAUUCUGGAAUAAUUUUCAUGAACAUCCUUUGAACUCUGUCCAGUUUCAGCACAUUCUUUCUAAGAUAAGGGACACAAAACUGCUCACAAUAAUCCAUCUGAGGCCUCACCAGUGCUUUAUAAAGUACUACAUGCUGGAGGUAGUGGUAGACAUUGUGGAGGCAUUAGUAAUGAUCUUUAAAAAAUCAUUGGACUCUGGCAUGGUGUCAGAGGACUGGAAAAUUGUAAAUGUCAUUCCACUCUUUAGGAAAGGAGGAAGGCAGCAGAAAGGAAAUUAUAGACCAGUUAGCCUGACCUCAGUGGUUGGGAAGAUGUUGGAUUUAAUUGUUAAGGAUGAGGUUAUGGAGUACUUGAUGACACAGUAUAAGGUAGGAUAAAGUCAGCAUGGUUUCCUUAAGGGAAGAUCUUGCCUGACAGAUCUGUUGGAAUUCUUUGAGGAGAUUACAAGCAGGAUAGAUAAAGGGAAUGCAGUGGAUUUUGUAUAUUUGGACUUGCAAAAGGCCUUUGACAAGGUGGCUCACAUGAGGCUGCUUACCAAGUUAACAGCCCAUGAUAUUAUAAGGAUGUUACUGGCAUGGUUACAGCAUUGGCUGAUUGGUAGGAUGCAGCACGUGGGCAUGAAAGGAUCCUUUUCUGGUUGGCUGCCAUGUUCCUCAGCAGUUGGUGUUGGGCCCACUUCUUUUUGUGCUGUAUAUCAAUGAUUCAGAUGAUGGAAUAGAUGGCCUUCUUGCCAAGCUUGCAGAUGAUACAAAGAUUGGUGGAAGGGCAGGUAGUGUUGAGGAAACAGGCUGAAAAAGGACUUAGACAGAUUAGGAGAAUGGGCAAGAGAGUGGCAAAUGAAAUACAAUGUUGGAAAAUGCAUGGCUGUGCACUUUGGCAAUAGGAAUAAAUGUGCAGACUAUUUUCUAAGCAGGGAGAAAAUCCAAAAAUAUGAGAUGCAAAGGGACUUGGGAGUCCUUGUGCAGAACACAAGGUUAACUUACAGCUUGAGUUGGUGGUGAGAAAGGUAAAUGCCACAUUAGCAUUCCUUUCAAGAGCUCUAGAAUACAAGAGCAAGGAUUUGAUGCUGAGGUUUGAUAAGGCCCUGGUGAGGCCUCACCUUGAGAAUUGUAAACAGACUCCUCAUCUAAGAAAAGAUAUGCUGGCAUUGUAGAGGGUUCAGAGGAGGUUCACAGGGAUGAUUUCGCGAAUGAAAGGGUUAUCACUUGAGGAGCGUUUGAUAGCUCUGGGUCUGUACUUGUUGGAAUUUAGAAGGAUGAAGGGGGAUCUCAUUGAAAUCUUUUGAAUAUUGAAAGGCCUAGACAAUAGAUGUGGAAAAGAUGUUACCCACGGUGGGGGACUCUUGGACAAGAGGGCACAGCCUCUGGGUCGAGGGGCAUCCAUUUAAAACAGAUGAGAAAUUUCUUUAGCCAGAGAUUAGUGAAUUGGUGGAAUUUAUUACCACAGGCCAGGUUGUUCAAGGUAGAGCUUGAUAGGUUCUUUUAUAGGACAUGGCAUCAAAGGUUAUGGGGAGAAGGCUGGAGAGUGGGGCUGAGGAGGGGGAAAAAAGGAUCAGCCAUGAUUUAAUGACUGAGUUGACUCAAUAGGCCAAAAUAGGCUAAUUCUACUCCUAUGUGUUAUGGUCUUGUGGUCUAAUUCAACAGGCCAGGCAGCAUCUAUGGAAAAGAGGAAAAGAAUAUAAGAGCAGGGAUGUGAUGUUGAGGCUCUAUAAGGCACUGGUAAGACCAGACUUGGAGUGUUGUGUGCAGUUUUGAGCUCCUUAUUUUAGAAAGGAUAUACUGACAUUGGAGAGGGUUCCCAGAAUAUUCAUGAGAAUGAUUCCAGGAAUGAAAGGGAGCAUUCCUGAGGAACAUCUGGCAGCUCUUGGGCUGUAUUCCCUGGAGUACAGGAAAAUGAGGGGGUGGGAAUCUCAUAGAAACAUUCCGAAAGUGAAAAGGCCUGAACAGAUUAGAUAGGGCAAAGUUAUUUCCCAUGGUAGGGGAGUCUAGGACAAGAAGGCAGAACCUCAGGAUUGAAGGACAUUCAUUUAGAACAGAGGUGCGGAGAGGGUGGUGAAUCUGUGGAAUUUAUUGCCAUAAGCGGCUGUGGGGGCCAAGUCAGUGGGUUUAUUUAAGGCAGAGAUGUGUUCUUGAUUAGCCAGGGCAUCAAAAGGUAUGGAGAGUAGGCAGAGGAAUGGGGAUGACUAGAAAAAUUGGAUCAACCCAUGAUUGACUGGCAAAGCAGACUUGGACCAAAUGGCCUGCUUCUACUCCAAUAUUUAUGGAAUAGCUCCUGUACUAUAUUCAGCUUAGUCACGUUCUCCUUACAGCAUAGAGCACUUCACAGUGCUCCAAGUGCAGCCUAAUCAAUUGUAAUGUAACCUGACCCUGUACAUAUUGCCAUGGCCAAAGAAGGCACACAUACCAAAGACUGAUUAUUGAGAUUUGGUCCACCGGCCCUUCAAGCUGCACCCCCAGCAACUCCCUCUACCUCGCUAACCUAAUCAUGGAACAACUUACCAUGAUCAAUCAACCUCCAACUGGUAUGUCUUUGGACUGUGGGAGGAAACCCACUCAGUCACUCCUUACAGACAGCAGCGGGAAUUGAAGCCAAGUCACUGGUACUGUAAAGUGUUGUGCUAACCACUACACUACCAUUCCGCUAGGAAUUCAUUCACCACAUUCAUUUAUGUUUACAGGGGAGUUGCAGUACAGUUACAGUUAAUUGGGCCGUAAUUUAAUUGGGACAGCCGCUUAUUUGGGACAACUCUUAACAUAAGCUAAUGGAGAAAAUAGUCAGGAUUCCCUUCAUUAAUUUGAGCCACUCUGCCACUUAAUUGGGACAAGUGACUGUUGUUGAAUGGUUUAUAACUAGUGUCAGUUGUGUGACCUUGUGUGAUUAUUAAACACUACAUGCUUGGAGUGAAGAGUUUUCCAACAGCGUCAGAUGUGUGUGUGUGUGUGUGUGUGUGUGUGUUUGUGUUCAUAAAGCAGUGAGUUUUUUUUCCAUUGAUGGUGAGAAAUAAGCAGAAAUACAAUUCAGAACUGUGUUGCUGUAUGAAGUCUCAGGCAUUCUGCCUUGGAGGUGCUAGAAAUGGCAGGGAGUGAAAAUGAAAUGAUUUCAUAACAUCAAGUUAGGAACAACAAAGAAUUUGAAAGUAUCAGCAAUCAUCUUGAAUGUUACAAUGAAAAUGAAGAUUUGGAGGAUACAGCUGUCAAAAGCUUUGUGUGAAGACAGUCCAUUAUCAGCACUAGGUGUCUGUGCUGAUUUUGUUCAUUUACAGUCAAUCAAAAAAUGUGGCAGCAAACACUGGAUGAAUUCCUCUGUCAAUAACUAUUAGUAACUAAUACAGUUUUAUAGAACUGUAGUAGUGUUGAUGGUGUUCUAAUUUGUUCUGUGUUUAAUUACAUAAUUUGUUAC